UAAACCUCCCUAAUUGUUAUAAAGCACACUGUUUAUAUUAAACAUGCUUCACUGAUUCGAGUAUUUGGCGAGCGCCGUUUUGUCCUACUAAUUUUGGCGGUCCUUGAACUCACCUUAGUUUGUGUCCAUGUAUAACUUUCUCCGACUUUCUAGGACGUGUUUUAUGCCACUUCUUUUUCUGUCUCAUUUUGUCCACCACCCUUUUAACGUGUGUGAAGGCACAAAGGAAUGGGAAAAGGUUACCCGUGAGGUGAGGAAGUGUCAGUUUGGACUAAACCAAACCUAAUCGAAGAUACGUCGCUGGAGAUCUGCAGGAAAGGUGUGCUGAUCUCACUGGACUGCAUGUCUCCAGCCACCCUCAGCAGGCACGACAUCACCAUGUCCUUGGCCAGGCCCGCCUCCAAGUUCCCAUCCCGGCUCAGCUGCAGGGUGAUCUGGUCCAGGCUGCUCAGGAACAUCUCGGAGCCCGGAAAUGGGAAAUUGGGGCCCGGGUCCGCACCCCUGUCCCUGGCCAUGUUCUCCAUCAUGUACUGCUGGUAGAGAUCCAGGAGCUUCUGCUCCAGGUAGCGAUUCAGGAGGGAGUUGGAGAAGGGGCCCUCGCGGCCUUGGAACAUAACGCUGCGAUCGCGACCACUUCCCUGCCUCCAGUGGUUGGAGCCCCCCCUGAGUGACCGCAGAAGACCCCCUAAAGGGGAUUCCUCCGCAAGCGGGGGUGCAUCGCAGGACUGCAGAAAAGGACCAACCGCCUGGGUUUCAACCACCAUCUGCUCCUGGUUGUCAGCCGUCAAUGGCAGCACCUGAUCGCCCCCGAUGUGAAGGUCGCUGUAGUUCAGGCAGAUGCUCUGGCAGUAAGACGGUACCAAGAAGGCGGUGGCGUCCCACCCGGAGCGGGCCGGUGCCAGGGUCUCUAUGCCCGGAGGGUUCUCUCUUCCAGGCUGGGUUCCGUACAGAUCCAAAGACUCCAGCUGGGAGUCUUGGAGUUGUGAAGGACUCCUGUUGUCCACCUGCUCUGAGGAACUACGACGACGACGUACACCAGGAGACGUUGACCUGGCAACCGUGUCCUGCCUCUCAUCACGCGGUCUAAAUUGGAUGUCAAAGUUGCCAACUUGUCGGUUUAGGACCACAACUUUCUACUAUCCAGGACCUUUAGUGAUCGUCUGACACCCAAACCAGGCCAGUUGCUCUAAAGUGUCGACUUACAGAGCUGUAACCAAGCAACGUCAAGCACUCAAGAUGAGAUCGGUUUCGUCAUUUCAGCACCUUGGACAGAGACACGUCCAGAAAGGGCGAAACAACAGCGGCUCCUGCGAGGGUGGAGGAUUGCGGCCGGACUACCACAGCGCCUGCACAGUCAGGCUGGUCCGUAGCACAUCCCUGCUAGUGCUGGGGGAGCGAUCCCAGUCAGUUUUGAAACGGAGCAAAAGCACAGUGAGCAUCGAGUCCACCUUGUACUACCACCAGGGACAAGAAGACCGCAUGUGGCUCUACUCCCAGAACCAGAACUGCCUGGAGUACCUGGAGGCGCUGGGGGCUCUGAGGCGACGUUACACCGAGAGUGUCUUCAAUAGUCGUGACAAGGCCAAGGCCACAGCGUCCUCCAAAAAGAAAGCUGUGCCCCCAACUCCAUACAGAGAACCGGUAUCCAGCGUGACCCCCUCGGCCCCGCCUGUGCCCAACGUGAAGGACACUUUGCGGUUUUUGGAUGAGGUGAUCGCAAGCUGUGACAGUGAAGCCCAGCGCAAACCUUACAUGGAUGACGGGCAUGCUGACGUGGACUUUAUCGUGGCAUCCAGUUCUGCAGAACACGACCUACACUCCAAUUGGGUCUUGCGGGUUCCUCGGGGGGCGGAUGACCCCGACAGCAAGCCACAGAAGGAGAAGGCGGUCGUGUCCUGUGCCAAAGAAAAGGUUCUCAAUAAGAAGAACCAAAGCGGGUCGACCAGCAGCAGGUUGCGUCUGCAGAGGAACCCCAUCCACUUGCCCAAAGUGGUGGAGAGCGCCCUGCAGACGCUGCGCUUUAAGCCCAAGUGUAAAAAGACCAAAUGAUAGGCCGAGACUUGAAACAGAAAGUUGUUUGUUUACACUUCCGUCAUGAACAAUUUCCUAAGGAGCUUUCCUUUUUUUCUUUUAAAUAUACACCAGUCCGUCUUUCAGUGUCGACGAUUCUUUUGGCCAGGGAUGUCCAAGGUACAACCCUAAAGCCAUUUUCUGACCGCAGCUAGUUUUUUAUUGACCAUCGGCAUAUAAAAAUGGAUUCAUUAUUAAGGAGAUGCAGUAUAUUACUAAUUGUAUUAAUUUACUUUGUCACCGAUACACAAAGCUCAGCGGUCCAUGUUCUGUUCAACUAGUGUGGCAUAAUAUAGUGUCCCACUUUGAGUUGGUUUUAGCAUCUUUAAAGGAUAAACUGUAUCAAGGUACUCCUCCACUUCAUUGAACUUUUCCAUAUUAACUAAUAAAGGGAAGACCUCCCACUAUUUAGUAAUAUACAGUAAAGCAGUGCUUCUUAACCAUAGGGCCAGGGUCCAUUGUUGGGCUGCCAAACAAUAUUUGUUUCUCAGCUGUGGUCCAUAUGGGUACUCAGUUCUAACACACUUUUUUGGUAGCACUUUAGUAUGGGGAACAUAUUCUAUGUAACAAAGACUUAAUUUAGUUAUUUGGA